AUGCGGUGCGUGCGCGCGGUGCGCGAGACGUGGGCGGUGGGACGCGCGCGCGCGUCCGCGGGUCCGCGGCGCGGAGGCGCGACGCGCGCGCGGGCGGCGUGGAAGCUCGAUAAGCACGGAUGCGCGGACGGUGACGAUCUGUCGGGAGAUACGAUAUGGGAGAUUUACUUCGUGCAGAAUCAGCAUAAGAGCGCGACGUGCUUGCCGGAACCGAUCGAUGUCGAUGAGUUGAUGCGCACCCGAGAGGGGAAACUUCGCCUCGACGCGGGGGAGAUUAAAUUCGUCGACGCCGAGGCGGAUGGACUCGUCAUCGAGGCCCUCGAUGGGGUCACGGUGAUCGAUGGUAAACGCAUGAAGAAGGGCGAACGCACCAAGGCGCGCUCCGGAUCGGCCGUUUGGCUCGGGAAGGAGGAAUUCUCCGUGUACAAGGAUUGA